UAUGAGAAAAGAGUCAAAAGAGGCAUUUGAGAGAGACACUUGAUUCAAUGCUCUUGUCAAUAACAGUGGGCGAUUGUCUAUCCUGCAUACAACUGUAUAUGAUUCAUUUAUUCUGAUUAAUUUUUUGUGUGCUGUGACAAGUGAAGAGAAAUAUAUGCAAUUAUAUCAGGAACGUCCACCGUUUAUAUCGGCAAUUAAGUGAAAUAUUGACAUAGAAGGACAGUGUCGGUCCAUUGACAUUUUAUCCGUUGAGUAUUUAUAAGAAAAAGAGAUUCAAAAUGUCUCUUUAUCCUACGUUAGAAGACAUGAAAGUAGAUCACAUGAUGAAGGCUCAAAUGGAAGCAGAGUCACAAUAUACCAUUCCAAUGCCGACUCAACCUGCAGUUCCCUCAGCCCCAGUUUAUGUUCCUUCCACACCCAGUGUGUUAUAUCCAUCUUUGGGAGAUUAUAUGGGACUAGAGCUAAACGAAGAAACCAUUGCACAGAAUAUGCCUGAAUAUGCGCUCGCCAAACGUCAAACUGCAAAUGAUAUGAUACUUCCUUCAUCAAAUGGAACAUACAAUUCAUUAACAGGAUUUGUCGCUCCUUUGUCGGGAGAAUCAAUGGCUUUACAGAAAGCUCAUGUAACAAACGGCAUUAGAGAGUUGAUAUUAUGUAAAGAUGCUGAUGGAAAAGUUGGUGUUAGAGUAAAUGCAAUAAAUAAUGGAAUCUUUGUAUGCCUUGUGAGUCAAAAUUCUCCAGCAGCAAUGGCUGGAUUACGUUUUGGUGAUCAAAUUUUAAGUAUUAAUGAUGUAUGUGUUGCUGGAUACUCGAUGGAUCAAGUGCACAAAUUGUUUCGUACUGCAAAUACCAAUGGAAUUAAAGUGGUCGUACGUGAUAGACCAUUGGAACGUACCGUAACGAUGCAUAAAGAUAGUAUGGGUUACAUUGGAUUUCAAUUCAAGAAUGGAAAAAUAAUUGCUCUAGUGAAAGAUUCCUCGGCCGCGCGAAACGGACUCUUAACUGAUCAUCAGAUACUCGAAAUUAAUGGAAAGAACGUAAUCGGAAUGAAGGAUAAAGAUAUUACAACAGAGAUUGAAAACGGUGGAAAUAUCAUCACAGUGACGAUAAUUCCAUCCUACAUUUAUGAUCACAUGGUGAAAAAAAUGUCCAGCAGUUUGUUGAAGAAUUUGAUGGAUCAUUCUGCACUGGAUCUUUAAAUAAGGAAAUAAAUUGCCAAAUAUAUGUAUACCAACUAUCGAUGGGCACGUGCAUUAUUCUCUGUAGCUCUUUAUUACAAAAAAAAGAAUAAUAUGAAUACUCUACAGAUACAUUAUUAUAAGCAGAUGAUGCCAAUCAUAUUAUUAUUGUAAGUGUGACAUAUGUGAUACCUAUUUAAAAUGUAAAGCCUAGACUUCCAUGUCAAUCUCGACAGUAAUUGGCUAAAAAUCAUGGAAAGAUAUGUAUCAAAGAUUAUUUUUUUAUACAAAAGUAUACCAAAUCUUGCUAAGAAUAUGUGGACUUUAUUGUUCGAGUCUAUACAAGAAAAUUCUUCAUUACAUUUAUCCAAACAGCAUAAGUAAUUAUUUUGUGUUAUAAAAUAAUUAUAUUCUAAUUCACACUUUUAUGUAAAAAUUGAUUGCGAUAUUUUGAACAUUGCUGUUGUGAUAGUUAUAAUUUUUUAAUACAAAAUAAAAUUAAAAAAAAAUAUUUUAAUUUUAUAUAAAAUUUUUAUUGAUGUGUGUCUUUAAUAAAAUUGUAAUUAAUACACUUUUGCGCGACAAGAUUCAACUUCUUUUUAUAAGAAACUGUAUUAUAAAAAUCAUUGGUAUGUUUGCUAAUAUGACAGCUACUAUAUAGAUAGAUUUUAUUUUUGUUAACUUUUGAAUGUAUCUACGUCUUUAUUUUUUUGAUAUUUAUUUGCAACUUUUUAUCUAUCUUAUUGUCAUAAUGACAGAGAGAUACAAUAAAAAUAAUAUUUCAGAAAAAUAAGAAAUAUAAAAUAUAAUUAAUAAUAUGCAAAUGUCUUUCGUAUAUCUUUUCUUGUAUCUUUAUUAGUAUUUUAAUCAAAAACAAGUAAUAUAAUCAAGUAGAUAUCGAUUUUUCAAUGUAAAUUCUCUUAAUUGUUUAGAAAAAUAGAUUAAUAUACAAUAUUAUGCAUUUAAUUUUUCAACUAUGAUUUAUAAAAUAUUUCAAUGAUACAUUUACUAUUCUUAAACUGUUUAUAUAGUGCCAUUCUGUUUUAGAUAAGUUUAAUAAAAAAAUUUUUUUAAUUAAUAUAUAUAUAUAUAUUAUAAAUAUUUUUAUUUCACAUUUGAAAAAUAUGAAAGAAAUUUAAAUGUUUUUUCAACAAUAAAUGGAUAUGUACUUUAAGAAUAUUUGAGGAACAAUUUGUGCGACUUCAGAGUGCCAAUAUUACUUUACAUGUAAAUAUAACAUAACAUAGUUUAUAAUUAUGUAUUAUUUGAUUUUAUUAAAUAAAGGAUUAAAAAAAAAAACUAA